AUAUAUGUAUAUUUUUUUCAAGAAGUAAUUUUUUACAUUUUUCCCUAGGCUAAGUAUUGUAUUAAUUUCUAGCCUCAAAACACAGAUUUCAACAAACAUUAGAUAAGACUUGAGCCAACAUUAUGUGUAUUUUAUUUCUCUUUAUUAAUCCAAGACCUAAAAUAGGAGAAUACAAAGCAAUCAUUGUAAAUAAUCGUGAUGAGACUUAUAAUAGACCCACUAAGCCUGCACAUUUUUGGGAUGAUAGGAUUGUGGGAGGAAUGGAUAUGGAGAAAAAUUGUGAAGGAGGUACAUGGUUGGCUGCUUCCAAAGAUGGAAAAAUAUCUUGUUUACUCAAUAUCUUUCAGCCAGUCAAUGCAUUUAAAGCUGGCAAAACCUCAAGGGGUUUCUUGGUUGUUGAUUAUUUGAACUCCUGCAAGAAAGGACACCAAUACAUGGAAGUGGUAAAAAACUCAGGAAAGAUGUACAAUCCAUUCAACCUGAUCACAUUAGAUCCCCAAGGAAACUCGUAUGAUGUUAACUUUUACAACAGUGACUCCAAAAUGAUACACCAGAUACAACCUGGGUUCCAUGGAUUUGGAAACUCGCCUCUCAUGAAACCUUUAAAAAAAGUCGAGAAAGGUAAAACAAUGUUCCAAGAUUUGGUUAAUACUUAUGGGAAAAAAGAACUAGAAGAAAAGCUAAUUGCUGAGUUGUUUAUAAUGAUGCAAAACAAAGACUUAAAUUUUCCUGAUCCACAGUUAACUGAACAGGGCAAAGGGCACAUGGAAUAUUUUGUUAAGAGCCUUUCCAGUAUUUGGGUUUCAGCUGCCAAUUAUGGCACCCGAACAACAACAGUCAUACUUGUGGACCAAAGUGAUCAGCUUGUGUAUAAAGAGCGAACCAUGCAGGAUCCAGUAAAUCCUGAAAAUCCUGUGUGGGGAGAAAACAGUUUUACAUUUACUAUAGUUCCUACAGACUUAUACAAAAGUACCUAACAGUGUUAUUACAAGUAUGAGCAGAAUAUAAUCCAUACCUGCUACAAUAGAAUAUAUAGUAGCUCUGUAAAUAUGUAAAGUUUCGUAACUUUUAUAGUAGUAACAAUUCCUUUUUGCUUAGUCAGAAUUGUACUACCAUUUACU